UUCAGAUACAACAUCAAAUUGUGGAAAACUUUCACCGAUUGUUUCAAUUGCCUGCCUGUAGCUGCGAUAGUUGAUGAGAAAAUAUUUUGUUGUCAUGGAGGGCUGAGCCCCGACCUGCAGUCCAUGGAGCAGAUACGCAGGAUAAUGCGACCGACCGACGUGCCCGAUCAGGGCCUGCUCUGCGACCUGCUGUGGUCCGAUCCCGACAAGGACCAGAUGGGGUGGGGGGAGAACGACAGGGGCGUCAGUUUCACCUUCGGCGCUGAGGUGGUGGGCAAGUUCCUGCACAAGCAUGACUUCGACCUGAUCUGCAGAGCUCACCAGGUUGUGGAAGACGGAUACGAGUUCUUCGCCAAAAGGCAACUUGUCACACUCUUCAGUGCGCCCAAUUAUUGCGGGGAGUUCGAUAACGCAGGCGCGAUGAUGUCCGUGGACGAGACUCUGAUGUGCAGUUUUCAAAUCCUGAAACCGGCCGACAAACGGAAGUUCCAGUACAACAUGAACGCCGGCAGACCAGUGACACCUCCCAGGGGAGCGACGAACAAAAACAAAAAGAAGUGA